ACAAGGCAUACAAAGUUUUCCAAUAACUUUUUCAUUUGCCAUUAAUCUAAUCUUCUAAAAUUGAACAGCAGGUUUUCUUUUCCACCUUCCCUUACUUUUUGGGGGGACCCUAGUUCAUGCUGCGAUUUCAUGCUGAGAGUUCCUAUUCAGUACGGCAUCAGGUUUCUGGAAUAAGCAUAUGAAAAUGAGAGGAGAAUGAACUCUAACCUAAUUAUGGAUUCUGGAGAAAGAUUCCACAGCACACGAAGAAGAGAAUAACCUGGUAGAUGGCCCUCGGGAAUGAUGUCCUUUUGCCACGAUAUAAUUAACAUUUCCUGUGUGAAAAGCAGCUGGUCCAAUAACUUCCGAGCUUCUCUAUACAGUUUAAUGGUGCUAGUAAUUUUGACCACACUGGUUGGCAAUCUGAUCGUUAUUAUUUCCAUAGCACACUUCAAGCAACUCCAUACCCCAACCAACUGGCUCAUUCAUUCCAUGGCCACCGUGGACUUUCUGCUAGGGUGCUUGGUCAUGCCUUAUAGCAUGGUGAGGUCUGUUGAGCAGUGCUGGUAUUUUGGAGAAGUCUUCUGUAAAAUUCACACCAGCGCUGAUAUUAUGCUGAGCUCAGCGUCCAUUUUCCACUUGUCCUUCAUUUCCAUUGACCGCUACUAUGCUGUGUGCGAUCCAUUGAGAUACAAAGCCAGGAUCAGUAUCUUGGUUAUCUCCGUGAUGAUCUUCAUUGGUUGGGGUGUCCCUGCUCUUUUUGCAUUUGGCAUGAUCUUUCUGGAGCUAAACCUCAAAGGAGCUGAAGAGAUGUAUUACAAGCACGUUCACUGUGUAGGGACCUGCUCUGUCUUCUUUAGCAAAUCAUCUGGGGUAUUGGCCUUCAUGACUUCCUUCUAUGUGCCUGGAUCUAUUAUGUUGUGUAUCUAUUUUAGAAUAUAUUUCAUAGCUGAAGGGCAUGCAAGAUCAAUUAAGGAUACAAAUCAGAAGUUUCAAAUUGGAUUGGAAGAGAAAAAUGGAAUUUCACGAAGCAGGGAGAGGAAAGCAGCAAAGACGUUGGGGAUCGUGAUGGGGGUUUUCCUAAUCUGCUGGUGUCCUUUCUUUGUCUGCACAGUUAUGGAUCCUUUUGUGGACUACACAAUCCCGCCAGCUUUGACUGAUGCAUUGAUUUGGUUUGGCUACUUGAACUCUACUUUUAAUCCAAUGGUUUAUUGUUUUUUCUAUCCCUGGUUCAGAAGGGCACUGAAGAUGAUUCUACUUGGUAAAAUUUUCCAAAAGGAUUCAUCCAGGUAUAAGUUAUUUUUAGAACCAAAUUCAUAGAAUUAUGAAUUUAACUCUUUUGCAAAAUCAUUAGUGAACAUAUUUAUGAACAUCACCAACCAUAUGCACCAACUGUGUGGAUCUUUGAUCAGUUAUUUGAGUCACAAUAUGUAUGGUGAUUAAAUGAAGAUCUUUAUUUGGGACAUAGUAGGUAUGAUUUUUGCUAUUCUUACUAUACAUGCUGAAGAUUUGCAGAUCCAGCAUUUAAAGGUCUAAAUUUUAAAGAACUUCUCUUGCCCUGUAUGAGCAGCCACAAGGUGACAGUGGCUCCCUAGUCAAUUGUUUAGUGGAAACUACAGGGCUACUGCUUUAUUUGAAGAUGAAAAUUAGGACCACAAAUGUGUCCUUCAUUCACCUGUAAAUAUAAAAAAAUUAAAAUACAUGACUUUUUGUAAAAUCAACUGAAAGAGCACAUUAAAUAGUGUUACUAAACAAUUGUCUACACCUAACUUGUCACUAAUCCUUAGUAAUACAUAUGCCAAUUCUUAAAUAGCAUCCUAUCUUUAAUUCCUAUUUUUAAUAUCUUAAAAAUAGGUUUUCUGACUUCCAUACUUGUAAAAAAAUUGAAAAUAGAGGAACAUAUAAAAAUAAAACUAAAAUGAAAAUAAAAAUAUCACCCAUAGUUCACUUCCUGGUAAGAAUCAUGUGAUUAAAAUUCUCAAAAACAUCGGUUUCAGUGGCUGUAUAAUGUUACUGACAUUAUAUACAGUGGCUGUAUAAUGUUACUGACAUUAAAUGCUGAACAUUUAAAUAGCUUACUUUUUUUUCCCCUAUAACAAAGUUAAAUGGAAUUUCUGUUUGUUGCCUGCUACUGAAGUUUAUGAAAAUGUUUGGAAGGAUUUACCAUAUUUCAUUAUGUCUGGCACAGUACGACCCAAAAUACAGGCUAUGCAGAAUCAAAAAAAUUCAGUGUUGGGUUGCAGGGGACACUGAAAAAGACAGGCAGUCUUCAAUUAAAGCAGCUAAACAUUAGAGAUAACAAGAGGGACAGCCAGGGCAGAUCUGCCAUACCAUAAAGAUGGCAUACACAAUAAGGAAAAAGAGGAGCAAAUACUGGUUACAAGAAAAAGCCCUAGUGGGAAGUGGGUAAACAUUUUAAAUUAUGAGCAUUGAUUUGCAACUGAGCUGUUUCACCAACAGACUCUUCCAUAAAAAUCUGUUCCAUAUUGAGUAGCACCAGGGAUUUGCAUUUAUUUAUCUAAUAAUAGGGACUUGUUCAGAUCAAUAUGCUAGAGUAAGGCAGCUAAUUUUAAAUGAAACUAAAAUGUGCAUUCUUGCACAUAAAUCUCUGUUCACAAAUCUGAUCAUCUCCUGAAGAGAUGUUAAAUCUUUCCAUCUAUUAUAGUCUGUUUUAGGACUAUAUAUUUUGUCUCAUUGAUCUGUCUGUAGACUUAUGUUCUAGUACUUUAAAAAAUAUUCUGGGUUACUUUUUAAUUAAUCUAGUAUACAGUAGGACAGUUUUCCCCAAUCACUCCUAUUUUCCAAAACUACGUUGACUUUUUUCACAUGUGAGAACCAUUUCAUCCAAUUUUUAAAAGGCAACAAAAGUAUUUAGAGAGCUGUCUAUGCUUUGUAGUAAGUUUCUGUGAUUUUCUUCAUUUGCUCCCAUAUAGUCCUCUUAAGAUUAUUUUUAGUCAUCUUAUUCUUUUGUGUAUGUUUUUGCCUAUUGUGAAUAAAUAUUUAAAAAUCA